CACUCAGUUCGCUUACUUCUUCUUGAGGCUACGGAACUGACUAGAAGGAGGAAUUCGAAUAUUGUAUAUUAUUCCUUUGUGGUUUUCAUUUUUGGUUUUUUAUACGAAAACAAAUCCGCAGCCGUAACCAGUGAUAAGGUUGGCUGUAUUGUUCACAUAUAAGACGGUAGCUCUGUUGUUUCUCCGGUAGUAUUCAAAUAAAAUUCAUCGCCGCAAUUUGUUGACCGAAAGUUAACGUUUGUGUUUACAAAAUGGAAAUAACACCGCCAGCCUGCUUAAAACGUUCCCUGUACGUUCCGAAUAAAACCUUAAUGGGUCCGGGACCCUCAAAUUGUUCACAGCGCGUUCUUAAUAGUCUCUCGAAUCCAAUAUUGGGACAUUUACAUCCAGAAUGUUUAGAGAUAAUGGAUGACAUAAAGGAGGGUAUCAAGUAUGUGUUUCAAACAAAGAAUGAUGCCACAAUGUGUAUAAGCGGCUCAGGUCAUGCUGGAAUGGAGGCCGCUCUGUGCAAUCUAAUCGAAGAUGGUGAUGUCGUAUUGCUUGGAACCACCGGACUGUGGGGUCAUCGAGCUGCAGAAAUGGCCAAGCGUUAUGGUGGUGACGUUCGAUUUGUCGAGUCGCGUUUUGGUCGUUCCUUAAAGUUGGAUGAAAUUGAAUUUGCCUUUGAAGGGCACAAACCAAACAUCUUCUUUUUGGCACAAGGGGAUUCCUCGACGGGUAUUUUACAAAGGCAACUGAAGGAAAUCGGCGAAAUUUGUCGUAAAUAUAAUUGUCUUUUUGUGGUCGACACUGUGGCCUCGUUGGGUGGUACAGAGUUUUACAUGGACAAUUGGCUGGUUGAUGUGGCCUAUACGGGGUCGCAAAAGGUUUUGGGUGCUCCACCGGGUAUAACUCCCAUAUCGUUUAGUAAACGCGCUAUGAAACACAUUGUUGAACGUAAAACGAAAGUUAAGGUAUAUUAUUUCGAUGCCACUCUCAUUGGUCAAUACUGGAAUUGUUUUGGGGGCUCUAGGAUUUAUCAUCACACGAUAUCUUCCACUCUGUUGUACGGCCUGCGUGAAAGUUUAGCCCAAAUUUGUGCCCAAGGUCUGGCAUCGGUUAUAGAGCGUCAUGAGCAAUGUUCGUAUCGUCUACAACACGGCUUAAGCGAGUUGGGACUUGAGAUGUUUGUUCCGAAUGCCAAUGACCGGUUACCCACUGUGAACACUAUUAAGGUGCCUGCUGGAGUCGAUUGGCGUAAAGUGGCCGAAUAUACAAUGAGAAAAUAUAAUUUGGAGAUCAGCGGUGGAUUGGGACCCACAGUGGAACAGGUAUUCCGCAUUGGACUAAUGGGUGAAAAUGCCACCUUUGAACGUGUGGACUUGGUCUUAAAUGUGUUGCACGAGGCCAUACAAAGUUCAAAGCGAGAUGUCAGUGAAAAGUCAAAGAUUUAAAGAAAAUGCUUUAUUUUAUAUUCUAAUCAUUAGUUUUCAAAUAUUAUUUUUUAAUUAAUAAAGUUUUAUUUAAACAAAAACUAUAAA